UAUCUAGUGCAGCUGCUUCGGGCUGAGGUGGCAGAUGGUGUGCAGUGCCUGUGCCGGAGGCGAGGUUGGCACCAGAGAAGAAGGAUGAGUGGUGCAGCGGGACUCGCGCGCAUUGACAGUCGCGAGCGGGUUCUCAAACUAGGCGAGAGUUUUGAGAAGCAGCCGCGCUGCGCUUUCCACACCGUGCGCUAUGAUUUCAAACCUGCUUCUAUCGAUACUUCUUGUGAAGGAGACCUUGAGGUCGGCAAAGGUGAACAGGUGACAAUAACUCUACCAAAUAUAGAAGGUUCAACUGCACCAGUAACUGUUUUCAAAGGCUCAAAGAAACCUUACUUAAAAGAAUGUAUUUUGAUUAUUAACCAUGAUACUGGAGAAUGUCGACUAGAAAAACUCAGCAGCAACAUCACUGUAAAAAAAACAAGAGUUGAAGGAAGCAGUAAAAUUCAGUAUCAUAUGGAACAACAGCAGCAACAAAUGUGGAAUUCAGCUAGAACUUCGAAUCUUGUAAAACAUGCUCCAUGUGAAGACAAGAUGUCCCCAGUAUCUGCAAUGGAUGACAUUGAAAGAGAAUUGAAGGCAGAAGCUAGUCUGAUGGACCAGAUGAGUAGUUGUGAUAGUUCAUCUGAUUCUAGAAGUUCAUCAUCCUCAAGUAGUGAGGAUAGUUCUAGUGACUCAGAAGAUGAAGAGUGCAAAUCAUCUCCUUCUGAUGAAGGGAAUUACAUCUCAGGACAUCCUACCAUGUCUGCCAUGCCACAAUACAGUAUUCCAGAUACAGAUGGUGGUCUUAACAGAUUUCAUGACAGUAGCCUUCUGAUGAAUACUUUACGAAAUGAUUUGCAGCUGAGUGAAUCAGGAAGUGACAGUGAUGACUGAAGAAAUAUUUAGCUAUAAAUGUAAAUUUUACACAGCCUGUAUAAAUUACUUUGUAUUAAGAAUAAAAAUUUCUAAGACUGA